UAUUCCGCUCUAGACAAUGGGCGCUGCCAUGACACCGACUCCGGUUUCUUACUUCCGGUUUGAGGUGAUUGACCGUGAUUAAAAAUGAGUUCAGGCACCACUUGUGCGGUUGUUGGUUGCUCAAAUAAUUCUAAGAAAAUUAAAAACCUUUUAGAAACUGAGUGCUUUGAUCACAAAAUAAGAAGGAGAGAAUGUCCUUGUCCGGUUCCCUAUCGGCUACAUUCAAUGCCACAGAGCAGACGUUUAGACUGGCUAGCUGUGCUUAAACUGAAACAUCCGCCGAAAAAAGUUUAUGUCUGUUCGCACCAUUUCGUUCACAAACGACCCACCGAAGACCAUCCCAACCCGGAAUUAUUCCUUGGAUACGACAGACCAGUAGUGAAGAAGAGACGAACAAUUGUUCGUGUCGAAGCGACAGCAACAGCAGAAGUGACAGACCAGGAGGAUGAGGGCAUACCUGAGGUGCCACAACAACCAUCACACAGCACUGUUUCCAGCCAGUGGGAAGAUCCAUCGCUCUGGGACCACAGCUAUGGUGAACAGCAGGGUGUUGAGGAGACGGCCGAAGAUGCCACAACACAAACUGAAGAUUUCAGCUAUUCCAUGCUUCAGAGUGAUGCAGAUUCGUUCCUCUACACUGGAGUCUCACUGGAAACCUUCAACUCUCUUGUUUCCACCUUAGAAGGAUUUGCUGAAAGGGCUUCUGUUUUGUCAGUGCGUGAUCAGAUACUAAUGACACUGAUCAAAUUGAAAUUGAAUCGUGUGCUUGGUGACCUUGGUAGGCAGUUUCAUGUGUCUCAGAGUGUAGCCAGUAAGGUCAUCUCUUUCUGGAUCGAUAAAAUGGAGGAGGUCUUACGCCCUCUUAUUAUCUGGCUUCCAAAAGAAACCAUUAAGGCCACUGUCACGCUAAAAUUGUACCGGGGGCGAAAAUUGUACCGGCCUACGUCAUCGUUUGUUUACAUCCUGACAACCUGCCCGGCAACAGACGACGCGAUGCAGAAAACAUGUUUCCAAACGACGAAAUAACAUAAUACAGAUAGCGGAUCGCUAUCUGUAUUAUGAUAGAUAGCGAUAACACUUGUUUUUACUUUAUAUUUGUAUUGUAUUUAAUUGUUUAAUCAAAACAAUAAAAGAAGUUGCCCGCGAAACGGGCGAUCGCGUCAAAUGACAAAUGUUUUGCCCGCGAAACGGGCGAUCGCGUCAAAUGACGUAGGAGGGUUCUUGAAACAUAAUACAGAUAACGGAUCGCUAGAUAACACUUGUUUUUACUUUAUAUUUGUAUUGUAUUGAAUUGUUUAAUCGAAUUUAGCUAGUAAACUGAGUGUUUUAAGCAGGUUUCAUAGUCUAGAAUGUUCAAGAACCUUCCUACGUGAUUUGACGCGUCAUUUGACGCGAUCGCCCAUUUCGCGGGCAAAUUUUUUUAUUGUUUCGAUUAAACAAUUAAAUACAAUACAAAUAUAAAGUAAUACAAGUGUUAUCGCUAUCUAUCAUAAUACAGAUAGCGAUCCGCUAUCUGUAUUAUGUUAUUUCGUCGUUUGGAAACAUGUUUUCUGCAUCGCGUCGUCUGUUGCCGGGCAGUUUGUCAGGUUGUCAGGAUGUAAACAAACGAUGACGUAGGCCGGUACAAUUUUCGCCCCCGGUACAAUUUUAACGUGACACCACCAUGCCAACUGCAUUCAAGCGCUUUUUCCCCAACACCACCUGUGUCAUCGACUGUAGCGAAAGUUUGUUACAGAAGGCGAAAAAUCUUGACUCUUGAGGAGAGUCCUACA